UUCCUCUUCCCAAAACCCAUAUUCUCUCUAUAUCAACAUAACCGAGUAUUCAAUUACCUUUUUCACUUUUUUGGGGCACUGCGAUGACCCCUAAGUCUUAGCCAUAAGGAUAGUCUUCCUCGUGUCAAGCGCAUGAGUGAGACCAGUCCCUCCGGCCUUCAUAAGCUCCCUCCUGUACGGAAACCCUCCUUCUCAGACCAGGAACUUCCAAACAAGUCUUUAUGUCAUUUACAACGUCAAGCACGUCUUUGUUCCAAAUAAUAGUGGUAAUUGCUUCCCUAUCCUCAUCAUCACUCCUGCCUUUUCUCCCGCCCAAACUCCCUGCCUAUUUCACCUAAACCAAUUUCCAUUGGAUCAGCCUAUUCCGCAUCACCUUUUCAGUUUACCGCUGCACAGGCGCCGAUGUGCCUCUGAUCUCUCAUUCCACGACUUUCUACUCCACAGACAGCCGCGAAUAUGGAAAGAUACGAUGAGUCAACCGGCCAAGUCUAUACCGAGACCACCACUCCGGUUCAGUCCAUGAAAUUCCAAUUCCUAAACAAAACCACCGGGUGGAAGGAAGGCCUCAAGAAAUAUCGAAACAGAGGGCCAGGACCAGCAUCAUUAUACGAAAUGGCUCUUCACUCCUGUGCUUACAAUGCCGACCGUUUCCUGCCUGAAACUUUGAAAUAUUGCCAGUGGCACUAUGGCGAGAAAAUCUACAGAUAUCUGAAACAGACUGACACGGAGACUGCCAUGGUGUGGAGUAUCUUCAAAGCGGCAUAUCCAAAAGAAAUCCACCAAAAUAGUUACCACGUUUUGAAUCCGAACCCGGCAGGCGUUCGCGAACUCUCACACGGACUAGAAAUUAUGGGGAAACAGCUGUUGUCUCUUUCCCUGGAAACAUUGUCCUUCCUCUGCGUUAGCAGUUAUCACAUCAACUCAGUCCAUCUAAAUACUGACUUGCUUAACUUCCCGAACCUCGCUGUGCUUGUCCUAACGCAGAAAAAGGUUGGCACAAGAAGAGCAACUGGGGGUGAUAGUCACAUGAUCCAGUGCUGGGGUCGAGCUGUCCAUGAGAAACGUGCCUUCACUAGGCUUCGAGUCCUCGCUCUUAGGCGCUUUGACAUCAGCCUUGAAGUCUUGAUGAGCCUCAGCCUGUUUCCAGCACUCUACCUCUGCAAUUUAGAUUCGGAGUUCAUCACACUGGAUCUACGACAUCCACUGAAAAAAGGAAGGCAAUUUAAAACCCAGUGGAAGCAAAUAUGGCCUGAUCGGCAUAUAGUACCCCCUGUCCUAGAGAGUAGCUUAGGUGCGCGACAGACUGACUUGGCGGGGAGAAAUGGGGAUGGGAAUGACAAUAGCAAUCCGGAGACAACAUGGCAACGCCUCGACUUUUCAGUGCCACAGAAAAUGGAUAUCCUCUACGAUAUUGCCGCUGCUCGACUUGAGGAGGAACAUUCUAUUCGUAUAGACCGUUCUCCCGUCGUCGCGCUGCAAUACCGAGCCAACGCAAGUCACCACGACAUUUGGCCGAAUCUGAAGAGUAUAUCCAUAUGGCUUACGAGGUCUGUCGCGCCGGAUCAACAACAUGCGGAUCCAAAGGGACAACCUCAAGAUAUGGAAGCCAAUACAAGAGGGGAAGAUGGCUCCGGGAACAAGCGAAGAAAGGUACGCGAGGGGAAGCAGAAGGACAUCAGGUCGUUGUUGGAAAUCUUUGCUCACCAGGUGUAAAACGUUGGCCAAGUUAGCUUCAAGGGCGGUGGGUGGCGAGAACUGAGAUUUUAAAGCUUCGACGGUUGGGACCAUUUCGGCUCUUGCAUAUCAACUUCUGUUCCGGGAAUAGGGUGUCUUUCGGCUUCCGCAUGUUACUUCGAGCUCGGCGUUCUAACUAAAAUGGCAUACCCGGCGGGAGGAGGCCAUGUCAAUUCAUACCCAUUUUCUUUUGGGGUUGAAGGAGCGGCAAGUUGGGAUUUUAGGAGACGUUCGGAGGUAUCUGCGGGUUGAAUGGACUCAGCGAGACAACCAAGUCUAUUUUUCAUAACGACUGUAUGGAAAUGCUGUAUAUUAAUUUCAUGUACCAUAUUAAAGGGCUCAGAGACGGUGUUGAAUCUCUGAG